CCUGGGCGGAAACGGGCCGCGGCGUUAUUACGGACUGCCCCGCCGCCGCCGCCGCCGCCGCCGCCGCCGCCGCCGCUGCGGACGCUGCGCACCAUGAAGCUGCUCCGGCUCCUCGGGCUCCUCUGCGCGCUGCUCUGGGGCUGCUGGGAGCCUGGCAAUGCCAUAAAAUGCUCUGAAAAGCAGUAUGAGCACAAGGACAAGUGCUGCAACCGGUGCCAGCCAGGGAAAAAAUUGGUCUCCGAGUGCAACGGCACGACGGAUUCCCUCUGCGAUGCCUGCGAGAGCGGACACUACCAGCAGAGCUGGACCAAGGAGAGGCACUGCACCCCCCAUGACAUCUGCGAGGACAAUGCCGGCCUGGUCAUCAAGAAGGAAGGCAACGCGACACACAACACGGUGUGCCAGUGCCGGGCUGGCAUGCACUGCUCCGACGCCAGCUGCCAGACGUGCGUGGAGAACCAGCCCUGCGAGCGGGGUGCUGGCUUUGUGGCAGCCAAGGCCGCGGCCCGGACUUCGUCCCCCUGCGAGCCCUGCGCUGAAGGCACCUUCUCCAACGUCUCAUCUAAAACCGAGCCAUGCUACCCCUGGACGAGCUGUGAGGAGAAGGGGCUCGUGGUGAAGGCGAAGGGGACCAACACGUCGGACGCGCUCUGCGAGUCGAGCAGGCGCUCCUCGUUGUCGGUGCUGAUCCCCAUCACCGCCGCUGUCGUCACCUGCCUCGUGGGCAUCUGUAUCUACUGUCUGGUCCACAAAGAUCCCAGGCGGCAGGUGCAGGAGCAGAUGGAGACAGGGAAGCCCAGAGGGAUGACGAAGGUCCAGCAGCCCGUCGAGGUGGGGGACGACGUCUUCCCCGUGCAGGAGACCCUGUUGAGAGGCCAGCCUGUGGCCCAGGAGGACGGCAAGGAGAGCCGCAUGUCGGAGCAGGAGAGGCUGUGAGGGCGCAGGUGCAGCCUCCCCCAGGAGCACAGACCAAGGCCAGCUCCAUCCUCGGUCCCUUCUCCAGCCAGGGAGGAAGGCCAGCAUCUGGCCUGGGUGCAGAUGUGACAGUGCCAUGGACCAUGGCGUGACCACCUACAUGGGAGCACUGUAGCAGAGCCUGGUCCGGCCGCCCACGUGGGAGUGCUGUGGCAGAGCAAAGCUCCACUGCCGGCAUGGGGAUGCAAGAGCAGCUACCUGCCCGCGGGUGCCAUGGCAGAGCACAGCACAGCGGUUUGCACACAGACCCCGCAGCAGAGCCUGGUCUCCCUGAACACAUGGGCACAUCGCGGCAGAGAGCGCUUGGCUAACCAUGCAGAAACGCCCCGGCAGGGCACGGCUUGGCUUCGGCACGGCAAUGUCACGGCGGGGCCUGGUCCUGCGUGGGGAUGCCGCGGCAGAGCACGGCUCGGCUUCGGCAUGGCAAUGUCACGGCAGAGCACAGCUCUGCCUCCUCCAGGGAGGCCACAGCAGUGCACAGCUUGGCCGCCCGUGCAGGGACCCACACUGGAGCUCGGCCCUGUGGCCCCGGGCAGGCGGUGGAGAAGGGCUGGCCCGGCAGCGGCUGUUGCCCCUGGGGCAGGGCAGCAGCCCUGUCCUUGCACCUGCCUGGGUGCUGGGUGUGCUGUGCUGCCCCAGCACAAACAGGCUGCUCAGGGGAGAAAUACAGCAUUUGCUGUCCUACA